AGGGAGAGAGAGAGGGAAGGGGGAGGUUUCCUAAGUGCUUGAGCAUCAGUGACUGAUAGAGGACAACAUUGCAAGAGAGGUGUUGAGCAUGCACCCAUCUCUAGUGUUAUCUGAGCGUGCUCAGAUGUGGUAGGAGAUACGCUGCACCGUACGAGGGCACAGUGGGAAAAGCCUGGCAACUCUGCGGAAGCUUUUUAUAGACAUAUGGAGCAGCAGUAAGUCCAAACGGCAUCAAUUCUGGACCAAAGCCACAAAAGCCAAGAGAAGACAAGCUAUACUGAAAUUCUGGUGUGGGUUUGCUGAACUGGAUGUCCGGAACACUCUAUGUCUUGGGGUGAUGGCUCUUCAUAGUAAUAUCUGUCAGGAUUGCCUCGGAGAGAAGCAAUUUUUGGCUCGUCCUCCAAGGUGUCACAUCGGAUAUUUUCUUUUUCUGCCAGCUGUAUUGGCAUUGUGACUUUUUCUUACAAUUCUCAGUGCACCUUUGGGAUACAUAUAUUCUUCACAUCAAAUUUCUGAUGGCUUCUACUCUGAAGGAUUUCGCUUUAUUGGAAAACAAACUGUAUGGUAUAUGUUUUUGAAAAAGUGGAGUUGCAACAGAGGAUGCAUAUGUAGAUGUGGAAAACUGGUAAAAAGAUUGACAGAUGUCCCACAUAAGCUGGUAGACUGGCUUUUGGUAUGUCACAAACCUCUCAAAAUAGAAGCUCAAAAUGGUGUUUUAUUUAUUUAUUUGCUGGCUGUCUUAAGAACAAAGCUUCUUUUAUGCCAAAAAUGAUACCAUUUGAUUUAAUUUUAACAUCAUACGGAAAAACAUCAAAGCUUUGCUGAGAACUGUUUGUUUCAGUGCUGAAACGUUUCCAAUUUUCUUGAUGCCCUCUUUCUUUUUAAAAGUUUUCCUUUUGAAUUUACUGAGAGAUAUUAGAUGCUCCGGGACUGAUUUCAAAGUUUCCCAACAUCAUCAAAAAAACUAUGCUAAGAUGUUUGAACCAGAGAAUGGGUCUUUCAUUCAGAUAGGGCCAAACAACACUGUGGUGGGCUUCAGACAUGAAGCCCAGUGUCCUGUCCCCUCCUGGCUGCUGCUGCUGCUGUCGUCCCCAUGUGAAGGAUGUUUCACAGCACAGCGCUAGGACCAUCUGAACGGAGCCAGAGCCCUGACCGGAGAGCAGAGAUCCGCAGGCACAUUAAGAUGGUCAUGGAACAGCUGGAGGAAGUUCUUGCUGAGCUCAAGGACGUGGCAAAAGAGCUCCGGGAGGUUGUGGCACAAAUCGACAAGUUAACAUCAGAUAUCGACCUCGACUCAGACGAUGACCUGACACUAGUGUGCUGCAGCGAGGACCGUGGUGACCUCUUGCAAAACGAGACAUUAUCCGACAACCACUUACUGCACAACCCUCUGCUAGACACGGUCCGAAAGCCAACCGCAGCCAAGAAACAAGAAUUAGAGCUCUACCGCCGGAGCUGUGGAGACUUGCCUGCCCUCAAUGGACCAUUAAAGGCCUCAAACAGCCCUAAAGCCUCCUGGCUCUUUGGAUCUGGAGGACGGCUCCAUUACUACGACAAGACGCUCUAUCACGCGUUGUGCUGCGACGAUGACGACGACGACGAAGACAGAGGUGGAAUGAGGUCGUCGAGGCUGUCGUCCACCGACUCUGUGUUUACAUCUUCACCUCCGAGGUUCCUGACGCCCACGUGUAACCGUAAAAACUACUCCAGCCCGGACUCGAAGAAAAGAGCUCUCCGUAGCUGCAGUACACAAACUGUUUCCGACAAAAGCACACAAACUAACUUCCCAUACAUUCCAGCAAAGCAAAGAGCUUCAAGUGACUACAAGAACUGAAACUUUCUGCAAGUGUCCCAGAAACUUGGAUAGUUAACCCAAAAGUGAAACAUCCGUCAUUAAUUUUUCACCCUCAUGCUGCUCUUUCCUUCUUCUGUGGAAUGCAGAAGGUGAAUUAUUUCUCUCUCGAUAAAAUAGAAGCGAAAAAGAACAGGGUAUGUGAAACUGCAAAAUGACAAAAAAAAACAAGGUAAAAAAAUAGUCCAUAUAGCUCAUUAACUACAUUUAACAUAUUCUGAAUGUACUACUGGUCAAAAGUUAGGAAUAAUUAAGAUUGUUUAAUGUUUCUGAAUGAAGUCUCUUCUGCUUACCAAUGCUGUUAGAAAGAAAAUAUUAUUACCAUUUCAAAUCAAAUUUUCUAUUUGAAUAUAUUUCAAUUCGAAUGUAAUUUAUUUCUGAAUUGUCACCACCAUUGCUUCUAAUAUUCUGAUUUGCUUCUCAGUCAUUAGUUAUCACCGAUGCUCAAUUAAUAAUAGUUUUUUUGGGAACAUUUCUUAGGAUUCUUUGAUGAAUCAAAAGUGCAACAGAACUGCAUUUACAUUUAUUUGAAAUAGAAAUAUGUUGUAAAAGUAUUAAUGUCUGUUAUAAAUUCUGUUACUUUUGAACAAUCUAACGAUAACUUUGUAAAUGCAAAUUAAGAGAUUAUUUGCAAAAACAGAUACAUUUCCAUUUUUUUUUUUACAUUUUCAAAAAUCAUGUUUUUUGAAUUGUGUUGUCAUGUUUUUAUUGUGUUAGUAAGCUGUACUUCUCAGACCUAAUCGAAAUAACCCAACUGCAGUUUGAUGGAGAUUUAUUAGAACACAAGGUUCUUUCUGUCUUCUUUAGUCUUAAUGUAUUUUUAUCCCUGAUGAUAAUAAUAUGUUUUAUUUAAGCAGCAAAUCGGCGUAUAAGAAUGAUUUCUAAAGGAUUAUAAGACACUGAAGACUGGAGUAAUAAUGCAGAGAAUUCAGCUUUCCAUCACAGGAUAAAUGCCAUUUAAACUUUUAAUAAUAUAGAAAGUGAUUUCAAAUUCUAGCAUUAUGUAGUUAUUUCAAACGUUUGAGCAGCGGCGUGUUUGUUAGAUUUGAGAUACAAAAGUUGAUUGUUGUUCUCAAAAAGUCCUUGAUGCAUUCAUAAAAUAGUGAACUUUUCAUUGCUUUUGUUGGGUCUUUUCGGUUUAUUCAGUUCACUGAAUGAUUCGCUCUUAAAGUCACAGCUAUUUUUAACAAUACUUUCAUGAUGCUUUUGUGUGAUUUCAGAAUCUUAAAUAAUGUCAGAAGAUCUCCUUUGUGUUCCACUGAAGGAUGAAAGUCAUGAGGGUGAAUAAAUGGGAAAAAAAAAAUUUGGGUGGGGGGGUGAACCAAUCGUUUAAAUAAGUUUGAAAUGACUUUGAAUCAUUCGCGUUUAAGAAAUGUUUAGUUCAAUACUUACGAUAAUACGAUAAUGAUUUAACCAUCGUGGAAAAACCUCAGUUCUCAAGGAGUUUCCAAAGAACAAUUUAACCAUCGUUUGGAUUAAUUAUGAGGGAUUAUGCCAAUGCUGAAACAAUCGUGCAUCUCGGCAGAACAUUAACACCAGUCCAAAAGCCCCCCGAGGAGUGAGAAUUGGUUUCGGUCACACCCACACUGUGCAGUAAAUAGACAUUUGUAAAUUAAGCGAGGGGUACGCUUCCUAGAAGAAUUACCAGAAUAUAAACAAUGUGCUUUAUAUUAGGCAGUUAUUUCUCACAAAAAAACAAGUUAUGAAUAAAACAAUGAAUACAACUUUCUGGCAGACGCUUCAUUUCGAAUCAUCUUGCUCUCACCAGGACGUUAAUUAGUGAAACUGUGUUUCCUGUGAUAUAUGCACAGAUUUACCAUAGUAACCGUAGCUGUGACAAUAAAACUGCUGCAUUAGACAUUGUCAUGAGAUGUGGCUCAUAUCUGACUUACUUCGUGAAAGUAUCUGUACGCUUCUUUUUUUUCUAGAGGUCAAGUGAACAUGGAGGAGAGCUCUUUUCAACUGGGCGAGGAAGAAACCGUUUACUAUUUAAAGUAACUGCAAAACGACAAGCUAAAAACCAUUAAAUAACCCAAAAAUAACAUCCAGGCAACCACUGCUCACUCUUUCUUUAGAAACUAUAUAAAUCUGGUUAUGCUUUUACGUCUAUAAAUAACUCCUGACAUUUUAAAAAGCUGAGGCUAAAUAAAUGAUUUUUAUUUAAAUUAAUUUUAUUUUGGGGUUUACCGUCCCUUUAAGAAGUAUUUAAAAAGAAUGAAGUGCCCAGGAGUGUCUGCAAUCAUAAGUGCCGAUGCUACAGAGGGUCAGACGGAGGAAAUGAAUUAAGAGGCAAGAUUCACUGGCCGUAGUGUCAAACGAAUUAGCCGCGCCGUGUCUGAACUUUGACAUUGUGGGCUCAUUCCUUCAAAAGACCUCACAAGGCCGUGCUCGGAGUUCAUCUGUCAGCGUGAGUGAGGUAAUUUAAUUGGAGUCUAAAUCAUAAAGCUUUACCUCGGGCCCAUUUCAACUGGAGAUGGCUGUUAUGCAAUCAUCUAUAAUAAAAAGCCAAUCACUGAAACUGC